UGGAUUCGACUCCUUCAUUGCCAACAUGGAAGAAACUUACAUCGAUUCCCUGGACCCUGAGAAGCUGUUGCAAUGCCCCUAUGAUAAAAAUCACCAGAUUCGGGCCUGCAGGUUCCCUUAUCAUCUCAUCAAGUGCAGAAAGAAUCAUCCUGAUGUCGCAAACAAAUUGGCUACUUGUCCCUUCAAUGCUCGCCACCAGGUUCCUCGGGCCGAAAUCAGUCAUCAUAUCUCCAGCUGUGAUGACAAAAGUUGUAUUGAGCAGGAUGUUGUCAACCAGACUAGGAAGCUGGGACAAGAGACGCUGGCCGAGAGCACAUGGCAGUGCCCUCCCUGUGACGAAGACUGGGAUAAAGAUUUGUGGGAACAAACCAGCACCCCAUUUGUUUGGGGCACAGCCAACUACUGCGGCAACAACAGCCCUGCCAGCAACGUCGUCGUGGAGCAUAAGAGUAACCUGGCCUCAGGCAUGCGCGUCCCCAAGUCUCUGCCUUACGUCCUGCCAUGGAAAAACAAUGGAAAUGCACAGUAACUGAAUAUCUAGCUCAUCAAAUGCCAGGCCCUAGAAGAUUCUUCCUGCUACCACUGGGUUCUCCAUUUUUCUCCUAGUCUAAUUAUAGAAAGAUAAACUGACUUUCAAACUGACAAGUACUUUUCUUUUCUACCCCUCUGACUCAUUUGAUUGAAGAAAGAACCCUCAUACUCAGAAGAACUGUUCCAAAUAAACC